AAUUACUUGUGUUUACUUUCUGGCAGACUAUUCACUUCACACCAGAGAAACGAUUUUGUGGAUUCUCGACUCCCUCAGACAUUUCACGUGUGCUAGUUAGAUACAUCUACGUGUUUUUUUUGUCGUUAUUCGCUGCAUUUCUGGCUUUCUCAUUUGUUGUCUAUCACAAAGCGAUACCUACAACACACUUGAUCUGAUCCACUUGUGAACCAAUACCUCAGUUACAUUUUUUUCGCUAAUUGGCGCACUUCUAUUUGUUUGUUUGACUCCCGUCUUCAAUGUCUGUCCACGACGAUAUCACCCAGCCGAUUUCCGAGUCGUACUUCAAUCUUUCUCAAGACAUUUCGGACCUUACGAGCUUAUCGGACCAUUUUAGGUCUCUCAAGGACAUAAACCCUCGUUCCUUGGACCUGUUGAUUCAGAAGAUUGAUUUCUCCACGAAGGAGGAGUCUAAACAAAAUGACUCAAAUACUCUUAAUGAUGACACCGAGUUGAUCAUUGAAACUCAUGAAACUACUCCCAAAGUCAUCUCCAUUGACGAAUUAGCACAUCUACUCCAACCAAUUAUCAACGAGGAGCUCAAAGACUUUAAGACUUCCAUCAAGAAACUUCUUUUGAAUAAGGGCCCGUUGUCUGAACCCCGUCAGCCUGCUCCCAGAGCAGCUUCUUACAGUCCUUCUGAAAUCAGCCAUAACCAAGUGAUUCAACUGUCAUCACCAAUCCCCGAUGUGGACUCAGAUAAUGACCUAAGCAUGAACUUACACAAGCUCAAUUUCGAUUCUCCUGGAACUACUCCCCCCGUGUCUCAGGACCAGAAAGCUUCUACCAUGAGUGAGCUUGAACGGCUUCAAAUGGAGAACAAGAUGCUCAAAAAGGAGAACUUGCAGAUGUACAAGUUGAAGCAAGCCAACCAUCAAUUGAAAUUUAAGCUCGAUGACUCCCAUCGCUACAACAAGGAGAUAUUGAACGAACUAAACUACUACAAACAGAGGUCUGCUCAUCCCCAACCCCAAGAUACCAAACCUUUGACUUCCAAAAGUGAGAGUCUGCUUAUCUCCAAGGAAACGCUUGAAGCAAGAUUCCAGUCUUUAUACGACCUGUUAAACCUCGCGGAUAUUGAUCAACUAUCCAGAACGCAAAUGGCAAACCUCAUCAAGAAUCUUCUCCUUACGCUUGUUCUCAACUUCAGAGAAUUGCCCGGACAACUUUCACGGCUCAUCAAAGUGCACAAGAUUGCUCUCCGAUUCAUCGAUCAGGUUCAUGGACAACUUUACGUGAAUUCACCCCUGCCAUUAAUGUAUUUUGAUACAAACAAGCCACAAGAGAUAGUGGCCGAUUCGGAUGUCAACUUGGCUGUGUGUUUGGAUAACAUGGCCCUGAUCAUCGGCAAUGCAUCCAUUCCUAGAAACUAGUCUGGUACUUAAAUCCUGAUACUUGAAUCCCGGGAUUUUUUAUAAUGAAUAGAGACACGAAAGAACUACCCCAUUACAAACACCUGUAAAUCCCCAUCGAUAUAGACGCUUUUUUUGGAGUGCCUGUGUUGGCUCUCUCUACGGCUUCGGUUCAUCUGGCUUAUACUUUAUAUUU